UAUUCCUGACCUGGGUGAACUGCUCCAGUGUGCGCUGGGCGACAAGGAUCCAGGAUGUUUUCACUGUAGCAAAGCUCCUCGCUCUGGUUCUCAUCAUAGUGGUGGGACUCGUCCAGAUCUUCAGAGGUCACUACGAUGCCCUGCGGCCGAGUGUGGCCUUUGAUUUCAGUCAGGACCCGUCAGUAGGACAGAUAGCGCUGGCCUUCCUUCAGGCCUCCUUCGCUUACAGCGGGUGGAACUUCCUCAACUACGUCACAGAGGAGAUCGUGGAGCCACGCAAGAAUCUGCCCCGUGCCAUCUACAUUUCCAUCCCACUGGUGACCCUGGUUUACACUUUGACCAACAUCGCCUACUUCUCCUCCAUGACCCCCGAGGAGCUGCUGGCCUCCAACGCUGUGGCAGUGACAUUCGGGCAAAAGCUGCUGGGGAUGUUUUCCUGGGUCAUGCCGAUCUCUGUAGCAUUGUCCACUUUCGGAGGAAUCAACGGAUAUCUGUUCACCUCCUCCAGAUUGUGUUUCUCCGGAGCCAGAGAGGGUCACCUGCCCUAUCUGCUGGCUAUGAUCCACUUGAAGAACUGCACUCCAAUCCCAGCCCUACUGGUCUGCUGCUUUGCCACUAUAGUCAUCCUGUGCAUCGGCGAGACACACAACCUGAUCAACUAUGUGUCCUUCAUCAACUAUCUGUCCUAUGGAGUAACAAUUGCUGGCCUCCUCUACCUCCGCAAGAAGAAACCCAACAUGGUCAGACCCAUCAAGAUUAGCAUGUUGAUCCCCAUCGCCUACCUGGUAUUCUGGGCUGUGCUGCUGGGCUUCAGUCUGUACUCUGAACCAGUGGUUUGUGGCCUGGGAAUGGUCAUCAUGCUGACUGGAGUCCCUGUAUACUUUGUUGGUGUUCAUUGGAAGGACAAACCCAAAUGGGUCUAUAGGGUAGUCGAAAAAGUCACAUACGUGGGCCAGAAGGUGUGUUAUGUGGUGUUUCCUCAGGAAGACCUUUCAGAGACUGAACCCCUCACUUCCUCCAAAGCCACUGACUGAGCAGCGCAGUCACCCAGGAAUUCCCAUUUUGCAUCCACACCUGUACUUCCAGUUUUUCCCUCCCUUUUUUUCACAUUGGUCAGUUUGUGGAUGGUUAAGAGAUGUUUGUGUAGUGGCAUAUUGCAAAGUCGAGCCUAGAUACUGCCUUCAUUACGCUCCAGUAUAAAAUAAGAGGAAGGUUACACCUAUGGCAGUGGCAUUAGCUGUUUUUAUGUGAUACUUGGUACUGGUUCUGAAUUCUCAUCAGCAGUAGUCCGUGCUCCCUAUUUCAUUCAGAUCUUUAUAGCAUCUUCUACGUAAUAUCCUUGAGCUAAUGUGCCUUAUGAAAUGUAUGUGAUGGUGUUGUGUGUUGGUUUGUCCGGAUAUUUUGAUGAUGCAAUAACAUUUUUGUGGUAAAUAUGCAAGCAGUUUCUGCACUUAGCAAUACUUCUCUAUUACUGCUGCUACCUUCAGCGAUUUUCACUAAUUAUUCACAAGAUGUUUACUGUUCAUCAAAUGUGGAUGAGUAAUUUUCUGUCUAUAUCUCUGUUUUGCUUCAUUAUCUAGCAAUUCUUUCAACUUUAGGCUUCUUUCUCUCUCUCUUUUUUAUUAGAUCAUACUGAGAUAAUGUAGGUGCCCCACUAGAGCGAUUAUCUUAACUACGCUCAUUUUUCCCAGCAAUAUUUACAGCUCAGGAGAGAAAGGACGAUGGCGAGAAGUUUGAAGCUAUCACCACCACGAAAAGCUGCCUCUCAGAAAUGAAUAAGCUCUAUCGCAACACCACCUUUUGAACCGCCUGUUCUGAUUUGUGAUCGUUUUUUAAGGAAUGCUUCUGUGAACUCUUUCAAGGUGCUUCACCUGACAAGACAGCUAUUACAUUUCAUAUUUCUCAUCUGAUAUGAUAAAGCGUUUACCAUUAACAUGCAUGGGCCUGCUCCCACUUCCCCAAAGAUCAGAACAAUAAUCACCCCAGGCCGACGCUUUAUAGAUCAACUCACUUGCUAUGGUACCUUUGAAUUAAUAUAGUUGGUUUUUCAGUGGACUUAUUUUGACCCCAUUGAAGUAUUAAGUUGCCCCCAAACACUUAUGGUAAAAUGGUUCUCACUCAAGUCGCACUACCACUACCUUAUGGAAUACUUCACAUCCCAAAUUAUCUGUUUAUGCAAACGUGUCACCCAUUUUCUUAAAUGCAUCAAGACUUUUCUCCCUUUUCUGAUUGUUUGUUCACCACGGAAGCUCGUGAGAAAUGUAAAAUCAACACAGAAUGAAAAUUUGAUGGACAAAUGGUUAUUUUGGGGGUGAAGUAUUCCUUUAAAUAAAUGUGCUCCAUGUGAUAUUUGUUGUAUUUAAGUAGUAUCUUACAGCCCAUAAGCUUCCUUUUGUGUACAUACAACAAAACAUAUGUAGGUUUUUUAACAAUGUAAACCAGCAUGUUUUGAACAGUAUUUUUCAACGAAAAUCUACUAAAAGACUCACACUUCAAACAACAAUGUCUGUCUGCCAUGUCCAGGCGCUGUUUGCUCAGCUGAGAUCUGUAAAUACUGUGUAUAGAAGAACAAACUGUUACAAAUGGGCCAGUGACUCUCACAAAGAUCACAUUCCUCAGACAUGUUGUGAAACAUUUACAUACUGUGUACAAUUGAUCGGUGCACCGCUGUGUUUUGUAAAAGGGUGUAAAGAUGUGCAAAAAUAACAAUGUAAUUACCUAUUAAAUAUAGCAAAUUC